AUGCUCCCGUUCCUCCGAUCAUUCUGGCCCCGUCAUAAAGCAAAAGCAGUCAUGGAUCCCCUCAUAGCAGUCGUCGGCGCAACGGGCACUGGCAAGUCCAAGCUCGCGGUAGAUCUAGCCUGUCGAUUUAACGGCGAGAUUAUCAAUGGCGACGCAAUGCAAAUGUACCGCGGCCUCCCGAUCAUUACGAAUCAGAUCCCCGUCGAGGAACGAAACGGCAUUCCCCACCACCUGCUGAGCUGUGUAGGCCUAGAGGAGGAAGCAUGGCGUAUCAGCAAAUUCAAGAGUGAAGCUCUCCGGCUUAUCGACGAAAUUCGAGCUCGUGGGAAAACACCGGUUCUGGUUGGUGGCACGCAUUAUUAUACCCAGGCGGUAUUGUUCAAGGACCAGUUGGUUGGGGAGGGUUCGGAGGAUGAAGAUGGACCGGAGCCUUCUUCAGAGGAAGCCUCGGUCUCAACAUCAACAUCAGCGAAAUGGCCCAUUCUGGAUUCAUCACCUGAGAUUCUUAUGGAAAAGUUAAGAGAGGUUGACCCAGUGAUGGCCCAACGAUGGCACCCGAAGGAUGGACGGAAGAUUCGACGGUCCUUGGAGAUAUACUUCCAAACCGGACGGCGUGCUUCGGAUAUUUAUGCUGAGCAGCAAGCCAUGAAAAAUGAGGCUGUGAGCAAUGAUGAAGGACUACUGCGGUUUGACAAUACUAUGAUCUUCUGGGUCCAUGCCGAAAAAGAGAUUCUCAACACACGGCUUAAUGGUCGUGUUGAUGAUAUGUUAAAGAUGGGAUUGAUGACAGAGGCCAAGACGAUGUUUGACUACAUACAACAGAAACAGUCAGAGGGCAUUGAAGUUGAUAUGACCCGCGGCGUCUGGGUAUCAAUUGGGUUCAAAGAGCUUGCGCCCUAUUUCUCCGCCCUCCAAGAAGCCGAAACCAAAAUGAGCGAAGAGGAACUUCAAACGCUAAAAACAACUUGCAUUGAAUCGAUAAGAACUGCCACUCGCCAAUAUGGCCGAUCCCAAAUCAAAUGGAUCAGAAAUAAGCUAUGGAAAGCCAUGUCUGAUGCAGGCAUGACAUAUCGCCUAUACCUUGUUGAUAGCAGCAGCGUCGCCGACUGGAAAUCCUGCAUUACAGAGCCGUCUGAGAAUAUUGUUCAGUGCAUGCUCGACGGAAAGAGCACGCCUGACCCCAAGUCUCUCUCAGAGCUUGCUAGUACUGUUCUCGGCGCCAAGGAAGACCAAAUAGUCCAAAAGCCAGAUUCGACCACACAAUGUUUCACCUGCGAUAUAUGCCGCAAAACCAUGGCCGGCGAAGAACAGUGGAAAAUCCACUUGACCAGCUAUUCGCACAAAAAGGGUCUCAAAUCGGCGGCAAGGAAAGCAGAACGAGAUGAAUAUUUCCGAAAACGGGAACUAGAGGAGUCCAAGAAGGUUCCCGCAACUGGAGCCAGCGCCGAAGACCGAGGAAGUACAUAA